AAAUUAGAACCAGGCUAACAUUACCUUUCACUUGAUUACAGCCUGACUGAGGACUUCAGUCAUUUGGAACUGCACUGAAGAAAUUCUUCCUGAAAUUCAUUCCUGGUUGAUUAUCACUAAGUUUGGGCAUAUCAACUUCAGCAUCCACUGACAAUGUUGGGUCUUUCCUGACACGGCAUCUGUGAUUCAGUUAUUGGGAACCUAAUGAAGUUAAUGACUCCGUGACAAUGUGGAGAAAUCAUGACCGAAACUGUGGCUUGUACUGGUGCUGUCAAUGCUGUAAAGGAGGUUUGGGAAAAAAGAAUACAGAAACACAAUGAAGACCUGAGACGAGAGAAGGAAUUUCAACAAAAGCUAGUGAGGAUCUGGGAAGAACGAGUGUGCUUAACCAAGCUAAAAGAAAAAGUCACGAGGGAGGAUGGAAGAGUCAUUCUGAAGAUAGAAAAGGAGGAAUGGAAGACUCUGCCUUCUUCUCUACUGAAACUCAAUCAGCUACAAGAAUGGCAACUUCACAGAACUGGUUUAUUGAAAAUUCCUGAAUUCAUUGGAAGAUUCCAGAACCUCAUUGUGCUAGAUUUAUCUCGAAACAUAAUUUCAGAGAUUCCUCGAGGAAUUGGACUGCUCACUAGGCUUCAGGAACUCAUUCUUAGCUACAAUAGAAUCAAGACUGUCCCCAAGGAGCUAAGUAACUGUGCCAGCUUGGAGAAACUAGAACUGGCUGUGAACAGAGAUAUAUGUGAUCUUCCACAAGAGCUCAGCAAUCUGUUAAAACUUACUCACCUUGAUUUGAGUAUGAACCACUUUACUACCAUCCCUCCUGCUGUAUUGAACAUGCCUGCUCUUGAGUGGCUGGACAUGGGAAGCAACAGACUUGAACAACUUCCUGAUACUAUAGAAAGAAUGCAAAAUCUACAUACAUUAUGGCUGCAACGGAAUGAAAUAACAUGCUUGCCAGAAACAAUCAGCAAUCUGAAAAAUCUCGGUACUCUGGUUCUCAGCAACAACAAACUGCAAGAUAUUCCAGUAUGUAUGGAAGCAAUGACAAGUCUGAGGUUUGUCAACUUCAGAGACAACCCACUGCAACUGGAAGUAACACUUCCCCCCAGUAAAAGUGAAGAUGAAGAGGAGGAACGGGAAUUAUUUGGCCUACAGUUUAUGCACUUGUACAUACAGGAAUCACGGAGAGCAGAUAAUCAAGUCAAAUGUUUGACGAAUUUACCAGCUGAAUAAUCUAAUUCAGGAUGAUCCGCUAAAGAAGAUUACUUUGGGAACUCGGUGAAUUUCCUAAUGUUUGGGCUUCUUCUGAAGUAAAAAACAAAGCUAUUACCAAAGUUUAAUGAGGCCACAGAAUUUAUGAAAGUUCAUAUUAUUUGUUAUUUAAAUUACACCUGUAUUGUGAUGAGUAUAAAAAUAUAAUUAAAAAAAAUCCCUUUUUCGUGGAAGACAGCUGCUGUUCAAAUUUCUUUUCCAUUAAGCAGUUGUUUCUGGCGAUGAAUGGUUUGGUAAAGCGGUUAACAACACAUUUUCCAAAGACACCAGAGGAUCUGUAUAGUACUGUAAAGCAGGACUGAAUCCUUUCUGCUGCAAAUACUUGACUCGGCCUUGAUCAAUCAGCAAUUUACAGAGGUGCCCUAUUUUCUUCUUUUCUUCAACAGUAAGAAGCCUAAAUUGAAUAAACAUACAUAAAACAUUAUUAUUAAAGUUUUGUAGAAGUUAUUUUAGUUCUACUUAUUGAGACAAUGUACUAGGUGCUAUGCAUCAUGCUUCCAAGGCACAUUUUACUUGUGAACAUUAUAAAAAUGUGUGUAAAUUCUAAAAUUAGACUGUAAAAUAUAUUUCAUGAAUAAAUUGUUGUUAAGUCAUCUACAGAGAGUCUCCCCUUAUUCAUGGUUUCACAUUCUGCAGUUUCAGUUACCUGUGGCCAACCAUGAUCUAAAAAUAUUACAUGGAAAAUUCCAGAAAUAAAUAAUUCCUAGUUCUAAAUUGCAUGUCAUUAUUAGUACAAUGACAUCUUGCAUGGUCCUAUUCCUUGCUACCCAGAAUAUAAUCAUCCCUUUGUCCAUUUUAUCUAUAUUCUAUAUGCUACCUGGCCAAUAGUCACUUAGUAGUCACCUUGUUUAUCGGAUUGACUGCUGAGGUACCACAGUAUAUAUGUAUCAUUUGGUACUACCCAAGGUACCACCAACUGGGGGUCUUGGAAUGUAUCCCCCUCAAACAAGGGGAAACUAGAACCACUGUACAGCAAUAAAGAAUUAUUUAUGGAUUACUAUCAUUUCAUUAGUAUUGUCCAUAACAAAAGCAGUCACUUACCCAGGCAAACUAUCAGCACUGUCAUCCGUGAUCCUGUAUCCUCCAUCAUCAUGCUCUUCAUCAUCUUUCUGAUUACCCUUUGGCUGUGUGGUCAUAGUUGAGGUUUCCAAAGAUGUCUUCCGCAUCCCACAAGUCGCCCAGCUACUCAUUCGCUGGAAAUAGUGGAAUUCCACUGCUCCCAGGCCUAAAGUCCUGAAAUAUUCUUUGCCCACAUAAUGUCUCCAAUCACACCUGUGGUGACAACAGAGUGCAAUAACAAUGCCAGCCACAGGGGUCCACUUCUCUGGAACAAUAUUUUCAUUUCUUUCCUUGGCCAAAGUGUUAAUUUCUUUUUCUGUUUUAUCAUUCUUUAUGCGUUUGGCUAAAGGCUCUUCAUUUCUUUCCUCACAACUGGCAGCAUAGGUUUCAAUCAAACAUCGUAAUGCAAGAUCUGCAAAUACAAUUAUGUGCCCCCCAACCAUAUCAUCUUUAAAAAUAAACAUAUUUUACAUUCAUUAAGCAGUAUGUUUUUUAAAAACCCAAAAACAAAACCAUCAAAAACUGAUUUAGCUUUAUACUGCUAAUAAUUCUACCAUGAAUUAUCAAAUUUCCUUCAAAUUUCCUCUUUUCUUAGUAAGACAGUAUCCUCUCAAUUUCUCUGAUGAUUUAUUCUGCAUAAAGCCCACCUCCUUUAAGAGCUACAAUUUGAAAAACUUUUAGUCCAUCAACUUGAAUUGUCUCUCAUUGCUCCUAACUUACCUAAGGAAAUAACUUGCAUAGAAAAAUCUAUUUGCCUAUACUAAAAUUCUAGGGAAGUUUUGAGCUUAAAAAACCCAAAGAAAGAAAUAAUGAAAGGCAGCUCUGCUCAGCAUACUGAUGCUGGAUCAGGACACUAUCUUGAAAUGUAAGAUGUUUAUAGUGAAAGGUAACUGAUGAGUUGAGCAAAGGUGUAGAAUUUGGAAAGUAGGGGCCGGUGCCGUGACUUACUUGGCUAAUCUUGCCGCGGCACCGGCACCCCGGGUUCUAGUCCUGGUUGCUCCUCUUCCAGUCCAGCUCUCUGCUGUGGCCCAGGAGGGCAGCGAAGGAUGGCCCAAGUGCUUGGGCCCUGCACCCGCAUGGGAGACUGGGAGGAAGAACUCGGCUCCUGGCUUCGGAUCAGCACAGCGCUGGCUGUGAUGGCCAUUAGGGGAGUGAACCAACAGAAGGAAGACCUUUCUCUCUGUCUCUCUCUUUCUGUCUCUCUCUCUUUCACUGUCUAACUCUACCUGACAAAAUAAAUAAAUAAAUAAAUAAAAAAAAGAAU